AUGGAUAAAAUGAUAAAAGGUCUGUUGGCACAGAUGCUGAUGUCGCAGGACAAUAAUGAGUGGACUCAACGUCGAGCGAGUGGAUCAUCAUACAAGAUGUCUAGAGGUAUGCGAAAGAAGAGCAUAGGCGAUGCCAAAUAUGAAUGCAGCAGAUGCGGAAAAACAUACAAGGCCACGACAUCCUUGAGCCGACACAAACGACUUGAGUGCGGUGUCGUGCCUUGCGAGGUAUGUCCUAUCUGCGGCCGCAGAUUCAAGCACAGGUUCGUCCUAAACGCUCACAUCGUUGAUGGUGUCCUGAUGAACAAAUUUGAACUGAAUGCUAACCACCUGAAUACGUCCCGACAUUUCGUAAAUUGUGGCCAAAUAGAGCCGCUACCGAAGCAAUAUUUUUGCGGUGAAUGCGGCAAAGUAUAUAAAUGGAUGGACAAUCUGCGCCGACAUCAAAGACUGGAGUGCGGCAAGCUACCUAAGUGGCAUUACAGCGAUGAUGAACUGUCCGAUUGGUUAGUUGAACCGUUCGUAAAGCAGGAGCUCAAAGAAGGAGGCUGCUUCGAGUUCGUGACUAUUCCCAAUCAACUGUCUUCGGACCGUAAGAAAAAGCAAGUGAGAGAGAAGGUUAUCACCCCGCUCGUCUGCGAGGAAUGCGGAAAGCAUUUCUCGAGGAUCGACAGUCUCAAAAGACACGAAAAGAAAUACUACGAGAAUGAACAAUGCACCGCGGAAAAGAGCAACGAUGAGGAACCGGAAAUCUGCGAGGUAGCUUUUCAUGGUCAACUUAAGUAUCUACUCUGUGACUCGCCGAUCCUUAACAGCGUGGAAACAAAUGUGGUCCAGAAAAAUUCCAAGUCUUGCCAGCAAUUCCGUUGCGAUGGCUGUGGCAGAGCGUACACGAGAGUCGACAGCCUGAAACGUCAUCAACAGAAAUGCGACGAGCUUCUGGCGUCGUUUCAGGAUCGGCAGGAAGCGUUAGAAAGGCUUCAGCAGCAGGAAUAUUAUUGUAAUCAAUGUGGCAAAUCGUACAAAAGGCUAGAUACUCUGCGUCGGCAUCAGCGCAAUCAAGUGUGCGCUGACAAAGAGAGCAACAAUUCUUCAAAAAUAGAUAAGCCAAGUGCGGAUCAACCGGAGGAGUACGACGCUCUAUGGAUGUUGGAACGGAAGGCGCGCAGCAUUGGUCAAGAAAGCCAGGAUUCCCUUCCGUACUCGUCGUCGAAAGUACACGAUACCUUAGGAUGUGGUGGCGAUUAUCCAGUUCAGAUGUAUAGCGGAGACUCCUACAUGCCGAUGAUACAGACGAUACAGACCCACUACGUUUGUACCGAUUGCGGCAAGAAAUAUAAAUGGUUAGACAGUCUGAAGAGGCAUCAAAGGGUGGAUUGCGGCAAUAAAGAGAAAAGAAAUAGAAGAUCAAAACGCAAGCACUCGCCAGGUGACGCCAUCGAAUGGUACUAUCAGUAUCAAACAAUGUAUCUACGUCUGAUGGCGGAAAACCAGUUGACGAAAGAGACAACAACGGGAACAACAACAACCGAAAAUCAAACAAGUGUUUGUCCCGAUAAUAUCGCCACUAAGAAAAUUCAAAAUGGCCAACCAUUGACAGAAGUCAGCAGCAACCAGGUAACCGCGAGUAAUCGCGAUUCCUAUUACUAUUGUCAACGUUGCGGUAAUGCCUACACGAGACCGCACUCGUUAAAUAGACAUAUGAAAUUUGAAUGCGGUGUGGAGCCACAAUUCGAAUGUCCUAUCUGUCACAAGAAGUCCAAACAUAAGCAUAAUUUGUUGUUACAUAUGAGAACUCAUAAAAAAUCUUAG